CGCUGCUACAAUCAGCGUGGCAUUAAGUGUACUCUUAGACGUCUCGUACACACGCGGGAGCUGACAAUGUCGACGCUCUGACAAGUUAAAGAAGCGGUGGCAGAUGUCGGCCAUGAGCCACUGUUAACGCCAGCUUCCACUGAAGAAUGCUCGCUAUUGCUCGGCUGAUGUCAAAUCACUUUUGUCUAGCCGAACAUUUCCGCACACGCCUCCUCUGAGUACUUUAGGUGAGGGAUAAACCACUUGGAUCAGGAAUGUAAAUGUCUCAGGACAAGUCAGAUCAGGAGGAUGAGCUGCUUGCCUUAGCAAGUAUUUAUGAAGAGGAGUUCCAUCGAGCGGACUCUGCCCAGGGGGGAGAGAUCCAGCUCUGCAUGAAACUUCCCCCCGAUUUCAAAGUUGUCGUCAAAGGGGAGAAGCAAACCGAAUAUAAAAUCAGUUUCUUGCCUCCUUUGGUUCUCAACUUUGAGCUUCCUGAAGACUAUCCAUCUACAAAUUCGCCAAUCUUCACUGUCAGCUCAAAAUGGAUGACCCGAGGACAGAUGAGCUCUCUGUGCCGACGCUUGGAUGAACUAUGGGAGGAGAACCGAGGCUGUGUGGUUCUCUUCACCUGGAUUCAGUUCCUCAGCGAGGAGGUGCUGGAGUUCCUGGGCAUUCAGUCUCCUCUCCUAGUCACCAGGCAUGAAAGUAAGGCGAGCGGGGAGCGCAGCAGGAAAGCUGACCACGCGGCCGCAGUUGGCUCAGAUGCGACACAGCUCGGGAGUCCGUGCGAUUGCUCGGAGAAGAUGAAAGGAGAGGUCAAGAAGAAAAAGUGUGACCAACAGCCCUCGUUGGCGUCUCUCCCUCUGGACCCGCGGGCCAUCGUGUCUGUGGACACGCGCGUCGACCUCCUACCUCAUCUGUUGGACUUUGACGAGGCGCAACGACAGAGGGUGUUCGACGGCACGCCCUUCUGCUGCGGCAUCUGCUUUACGGAGAAGCUGGGUGCCGACUGCCUCUGCUUUAAGGAGUGCCAACAUGUUUACUGCAAAGGCUGCAUGACAGAAUACUUCCAGAUCCAAAUACGGGACGGCAAUGUGCAGUGCCUUAAUUGCCCCGAGCCCAAGUGCUCCUCAAUAGCCACACCUAUGCAGGUCAAGCAGCUGGUGAACGAGGAGCUGUUUGCCCGCUAUGACCGCCUGCUGCUCCAAUCCAGUCUGGAUCUCAUGGCUGAUGUUGUGUACUGCCCUCGCCACUCUUGCGGCACGGCGGUCAUGGUGGAGCCCGACACCACCAUGGGCAUCUGCUCCGUCUGCCAGUAUGCCUUUUGCACGCUGUGCAAGAUGGGGUACCAUGGGGUCUCGCACUGUAAGAUCCCCGCAGAGGAGUUGCGCAGCCUUCGAGACGAGUACCUGUCUGCCACGGCCGCGGGAAAAAAGUUUAUGGAGCAGCGAUUUGGGAAAAGGGUGAUCCAGAAAGCCGUGGAAGAGUCCUUUAGCAGAGAUUGGCUCAAUGAGAACUGCAAAUGCUGCCCCUACUGUGGCACCAACAUACAGAAAGUAGACGGCUGCAACAAAAUGACGUGCACCUCGUGCCACCAUUACUUCUGCUGGCUGUGUCUGGGCCUGCUCAACAAAGCCAACCCGUACAGUCACUUUAACAACCCACACUCACCCUGCUACAAACAACUCUUCCAUGGUGUGGAUCUGGAUGAAGAAGAUGCCUUAUGGAGUGAUGAAGAAGACUGAUGUUCUUUGUAGUGCACCCCGCCAGAAUGCACUUUAUCGUACACCACAGUCUGUUCAUCUUUUGAUUCUUGCGGCAAAGUGUUUUUUUUUUUUCCCCCCAUGAUCGUCACAAAUUUGACACUUGAGUAGGUACACCGUAUAAUGACGUCCAUUAGAAUGUUUAGAAAGCACUUAUAGCCUUGAUUGUGGCAGCAAUGCGGCUUUAUAAAGGAUACACCCAAAUGUAUCCCCUAAAAUAUGAUUCCACCAAUAAAUGUAUAAAUUACACAUUACAGUAUUGGAAUAUUUGGGUUCAUUCGCUUUUUCUAAGACUUGUAUAAAAUUUGGUGAGUGGAAUGAAAUGCGCUGACAUGGCCCAGUAUUGCGCUAAUAGACCAAAAUAUCGGGAUCUCACGGUAGUGUGCCCAAUGAAGUGGCUGUGUAUGUCUACAUCGGUGUCCCUGAAAAAUGUACUCGCUCGUUGACCGGCCAUUGCACAUAAAUUUCGGUUUGAUUUAGAUGUUGACAUAAAUACAAUGGUAAUUGAGUUAAAGACAAUGUUAUACCGUAUUUAAGAAAAUUGAAUGCCACAGAAGAAAACUGUCAAAAAAACAUAACAAAAAUAAGUAACUGGGUAGUCAAAGAGUGAGUACAUUUUGGGGGUGUCCCUCUUUAUAUGGAUGUACUGUAGUUACAGAACGGAAUCAGCACAUUUUCAAUGCAGUCUUUGUAUUUUGGAAAUGAUUGUGAUUUCCCCCUAAUGUCUUUUCAAAAACCUCACUAAUCUCGUGUUUUGAUCGGGACUGAUUGUGUCAUGUGUGGUUUUAAACAUUGUUCGUACAGAUGAGGGGCUGUUUGUGGCACGAAUUGCCAAAAGUUCCGAAUGGAAAGUUGUUGUUUUUUUGGUUUUGUUGUCAUCGCAAGGACCCUCAUUCAACUACAAAAUAAAUGUCCCCCGUUUGGCACUGAAAUCAUG